UAUCUUUAUUUAAUUAAUUUUUUACAUUUUUGUUUUAUCAUUUUGCCACAUAGGAUUAUAAAAGAUUUAUAUUAUAUAUAUUUAGUCACACCUAUUUUAUUUUGUGUAUUUAUGUUUAUUCCUUAUUUUCCUAUGAAACGUGUUAAUGAUGACGUAAAUAAAGGUGAGCUGCAUGAACACUUUAUGUGACGUCAGUGGUUUGUUUAUUUUCCAUGAUGAAUGUUAUUGUUGCGUCUUCUGUCCAGCAGAGGACGCUGCUGCGUCUCUGUUGCUUUAGGAGUUACUUCACUAACUAAUGAUUUUAGUUUUUAUUCAAACAUUUAACUGUUAAUCGAACAUUUUGUAUCGUUUUAUUAUUUUAUUAUUUAUUAUUUCAUCACUUAAUGUAAAUUCAACAUUUGUAUUAAUCUUUACCUCAUCAGGACUCUCAGUUCCUCCUCUCCAGCCUGACGGGCAGCAGCUUCGUCUUCGUCUCUGUUCAGAGCUUCAGCGCGCUCCUCCUCCUCCAGCGUCUCACUAACUCAUCAGACAGAUUCAAAAUGUGGCGAGCCGCGCUGGAGCGUCUCUGACUCUUCCAUCAAUGUCCCACACUGUGAAUCUACAAAUGCCUUCUUCUUCUUCUUCUGUGGUGGACCCGCCACGCUGGAUGAUCCUCCUCCUUCUUCUUCUGAACCUGGGGAUGGCGACAACGCCGUAUACCACGCCCCUCUGGCCGCGAACCGUCAGAGUCUCCGCCCACGACAUUUGCCAACGUUCGGAGACGCCAGACGGCGGACUGGCGGUGCGCUGCAGUGGACUGAGACUGCCUCAGGUACCCGUCGGCCUCUCUAACCUCACCACUCGUCUGUUUCUGGAUAAGAACCUGCUCGGCUCUCUGCCGGCCGACACGUUCUGCGACCUGCUGCUGCUCCAGGAGCUCGACCUGUCGCACAAUCAGCUCUCCUCGCUGGAGGCCGGUUGUUUCCGUGGUUUGACGUCCUCGCUUCGUUUUCUGGACCUGUCGUCCAAUAAGCUGUCUGCAUUGGACCCGGCGGCGCUCGGUGGGCUGCGAGCUCAUGCCAACCUCACACACAACCCCUGGCACUGUGACUGUAGGAUGCAGCUGUCGAUAUCUCAGCUGGAUCUGGACCCGUCCUCUCUUUCUGGAGUCGUCUGUCAGACAUCGGACCUCCCGACCCUUGGAGCUGCUGGGAGGCCUCUGGUCCUGCUGCUGGAGGACUGGGAUCUGUGUCUGGCUGUGAGGAGAAACACCGAUGUGGCGAUGCUGGUCAUCAUGUUCCUCUGGAUCGCCAUGGUCAUCUCCUUCCUGGCCUACUACAUCAGAAAGAACGAGGAGCACGUCCGUCGACACUUGGCGUACCUCAAGCUCAUGCAGCUCCGUCAGGUGUAGAGGACGGAGUUAAUCCUGGAAGAGCUGUUGUUGGUAACCUGACAACGAGGACGCAUGUCUCCUCAAGGACUUCUAGAAAUUCCCCAAGGAUCAAACAGAUGCUGAAAUAACGACGUCAUGAUGCUGAUUUGUUAUAAAUGUUAUGUCAUGCUUUGUCAGGUCUGUCAGCAAGAUGACAAGCAAACAACUUUUAAAAUGCUUGUUUUCUAAAUGGAGUCUGGAGUCUGGCUGUGCUGUGCUAGGUCACGAGAAGUAAAAAGUGAAUUUAAUAAAAGCAGUUAGCUAGUUAGACGUUAAUCAUCUGCUCCCGUCAGUAAACGGCUCCGUUUUUAGAGCACUGCAGGUGUUUAUUGGUCCAAGGCUCCGGCGCCGCCUCGUCUCUGUCCCUCGUCUCUGCCCGGUGUCCCUCUCCUCUACACGCUGAAGCCGUGACGUGACGUCUGGACUGUCUGAGCGGUUUGGGGUUAGCCAAUCAGAGGCAGAGUAGGAAGCUGCUCUACGUCAAAUGAGAUUAAAAAAUGUGGCAGUAAGAGAAGAUACCGCUGCCCAUAGUGAUCCUUUAAACUUUGUAAAGAAGAACAAAGAUUUAUUUCUGAACACCUGGUCACACUCCAGACCUUCACCUUCGUGCUGGGUCACCGCUGUCGCUCCUCGAGGACCUGGACUCUGGUCCAGAUGUCAGAUCUCACGUCUCGUAUCUGGAAGUUUGGUUCCUUCAUCAGUGUUUCCUCUGAGCUCUUUUUCUAAAGGAGGCUGCUGACGUGACCUGAAGACUUCUCAUCUCCUCGUUCUCACAACACGUCGCUUCAUUUAUUUCUCAGCAUAUAUCUGCCCUUUACUAAUUAUUCAUCUGGUAAUCUGUUCUUUAAGCAUUUACUCUAUUAUUAUUUAUUCAUGUGAUUUGAUUGGUGGGGAACCUCCAAUCAGAGACCGUCGUUCUUUGUAUUUUAAAUAGAUUUCAAGCAGAACAUCCAAACCAUGUGGCGCUCUGCAAACCAGAACAGCCACGUUUCGUUUCCACUGCGAUGUGAUUGUGAAGUGUUGUUUCCUCUGACUCUGUUUGUUGUUGUUCAGUAAAAGAAAGGAAAAGGACGUCUACACAAACAUCAGCCCAGCAGAAACAGACGACACCCUGCUGAGGUCAGAAUGCUAAUGUUAGCUGUACGUCUUUCUGACGGGCUGCAGGUCAAGUUCAGGAACACCUGAGCCUUUCCUGGACGUUUGUUUCACAGCUGAUGAACAGGAAGUGACACGCCUGGGGACUGUACCGGACCCUCCUGCACUGAUGAGACGAGAUGUAAACUCCUCUGCAGCAGGUCGCAUCUUUAUCAUCUUUAUUUUAAUCACUGAAUAUGAGUUUUGGUUAUUUGUCUGCGUCUUGUUUCAGUUUGUUUCAUCUAAAUUAAAUGUAAUUUCUCUGGUUUAUUUCUUUUCUUCGUGAGACUGUAAUCCUUUAAUGUGUUUUCUUGUGCAGUUAGAUAACGCCUGUGAUGAGGUCAGGUGACUUCCUGUGGAGCGUUGGUUGGCGCCCUCCUGUGGUAGUCAUGAUGUAACAGCAGAGUGUGUUUGUGUUUUUCUUUGGAUGAAACAAGAUUUAAUUUGUUUAUUAAUUAUUGAGGAAAUAAGUCACUUUUAUUGUUUCUGCAUCAUCAUGUUCAUCUUUUAUUCAACACCUUCUUUUGUUUACUUUUAUGUUUUGUCUUCACAAGUGAGAAUCUUUGUUAUUAUGGUCAAAUCAAAACAAUAUAUUUAUCUGCGUGUUUGUUUAUGACAUGUUAAUAAAUCAUCUUUUGUAGGUGAACUCAGCUAAAAUGGGCCAAAUAAAGUUGGACUUUAAAAUUUUA